AUGAACGGCCAUCGUCAAACUGCCAAUGGCAGCUCACUGCCGUUCCGCCCUCCGACUGUGGAUCAAGCACUUCAACACUCACCUUUGACCUCAAUCGUGCCCUUCUCGCCCGAAACCAUUCCGUUCCCUUCGGCUAGCCCUCCUAGCUCCUCCGCCGUUUUCGCCCACCCCGACCAGCGAGCUUCCGCACGGCGUGUCCUGGACUCCCUCAACUCGGAGGCGACGAGUCAACCAGGCACCUCCGUACGCCUUCAGAAGACACUCCGAGACCUGAAGCAGCUAUUGGACGCCAGCAAGCUUACUGAAUUCAACUUCAAAGGCGCCCCUCCGCUACCUACACCGCCUCCAGACUCCCCGAGUGUACCCACGGCCUCCAAUGGGAUUCUGAAGCACUCAGGAGAGCCAAACCUUAGCCCCUUCGCUAAGAUGGUUCUGAACAACACAGAUAUUGCGCACAGAUAUCCGACACCCGAUUCCCCGCUGGGGUCUAGUCGAGAACAUACGUCAGCCCGAAAGCCUCCCAAAGCCUCCCCUGCAACCCCCCACCAACAAUCCGUCGCUCGAAAUCAAGGCGCAGUGAGCUUGAACGCGAAGCUUGGGCUACCCGGGAGCAACGUAUCUACGCCAAGAAAGGUCCCUCAGGUCCUCGUCUCAGGAUUGUCACCUUCCUCCCAGCGUGAGGAUUAUGAGAGCUUUGCAUAUCUCGACGAACAAGACAAGCCGCUCUCAAAAAAGCGAAAGCGACCAGAAGCCGACGAAGAAGCUCUCACCGUUACGUUUAACCAGCAACAAAAGGCCGACAAAAAGACAGAUGAGCUUCAGAACCUACUGGACGAUAUUUUUGAGGCGGAAGACAAUUACGAAUCCGAGGGUCCAAGCUCUCUCUCUCCUGAUGUGGCGAAAUACAUUACUGUGAAGGAGGUCGGGUUUGUGGAGGCUCCUGUUCUUACAGCAGACGCUCAGCGCAGUCUAAAUACUCAUCUCCAGCCUGUCCUAGACGCGGGUAGGUUCAAUGCGAUUUCCGUGGACGACGUCGUUCGACUUCAAAAGCUUUGUAAGAGCAGGAUAGAUUCAAUCGAUACUGUCUCGCUUGACAUCGAUUCUGGACGGGAGGACGAACGCCUUCAAGACUGGCUCUCUGGUAUCCAGGAUGUGGAGCACGCUCUGGGGGCUGCAAAAAUCCUCCUCAAGACCAUGACGGCUGGCAGAGUAGAAAAGAAGAUCUACUCAGAGGGUAUGGUGGGGACUGUUGUCAACGCUCUCAAACGUACACUUGGGAGUAUGAUCCUUAUUGCUGAAAGCAGACCGAACUCACCCAUCUUUGACGUCUCCUCCAAUCAUAAGCAGGUUCCCAAUCUCCUGCAAAGGAGUGGAAAAAUCCUAGAGCUGCUGGGCGAACUUGUGGCCACUGUUCAAGUGGCGGAAUCGGCCGUCACAAGCACCGAAGAUGUGGCAACGAGGCUCAUAUUCGUCGAGAACGCGACUUCUGAAAAGGAUUCAGCUCUUGGGAUCAAAAAAUUCGAAGUUGUUCGAUCCGUCGCUAUGGAUGUCUUGGCGAAGAUAUUUGCUCGAUACGAAGAUCGGCGAGCGUCGACCCUGAGGGACGUCCUGAACUCGAUAGGGAAGCUCUCUGUCGAUCGCCGCAGUGCACGACAGUACAAAAUGGCAGAUGGAAAAGCGAUCCAACUGGUGUCUGCACUCUUGAUGCGUCUCGUGCAGACUAGCGCCACGAUUUCGAUUGCUCAACAGACCGGCAAGGGGACUGUAGUUCGCAGCACUAGGAAAAAUGACGUGGAUGAAGAUGGAGAUGAUAGCUCAGAGAGCUCAGAUGGUGAUGCACCCAGGAGGAAAAUGCCGAACAAAGCCGCCAAUCUCUCGAGUCAAAGCUUAGCUAAGAUAGCACGGCGGUUUCACGAUGAUGCACAGAUGGCUACCGAUUUCGUGGUGAAGCACCUGGUGGACCGAGCCAAGGAAACAACGAAGUCUGCAGAUCUGCCAUUCCGGAACCUUCUGGAUAUCUUCACAGAGGAUUUUCUCAGCGUUCUAGGCUGCCCUGAGUGGCCAGCUGCGGCAAUCUUUUUACAUAAGCUCACGCAAUACAUGGCCAACAUCAUUGCCGACAAACAGAAGCAGUAUUCAGUCCAGGCUAAGACCAUGGCCUUGGAUAUAUUGGGUAUCAUGGGGUCAGGCCUCAUCGAUCUGCAGGUCCACUUGGGAAAAGAUGCCCAGAAACUUGAUAAGAGGCAGUCUAGUCUUUCUGGGCUCUUGUCACAACUCGGGGAACAGCUUUCAGAGCAGCUCCUAGACCAACUCUCUAAUCAACUCUCGGGAAAUUCCUCAAAUUUAAAUACCUCCGUCAUGAUGGCUAGCAAGACGGAGCUCUUGGAUUUUGAGGGGCCAUACCGUAUUGUUCUAGAGUAUCUCCGUCAUUCAACUCGGAGCGAAGAACAAAGAAGCGCACAGGGCUGCCAUAUCCAGCGCUGGGCCUCUGACCUCUGUGAGAUGAUGGCGAGUCAAGACACAGACGAUGAAGAAAAUCCCGCUCUGGUCACACUAGAGCAACGCCUGAAGCACAUGAUUCUUGACCCUACGUGGCUAGCUGCAGAGUACGACUUCGAAUCUGUUUCGGAAGACCAUGGUCGGGUUGCUGCUAUGAUUGUUGCCUUGCAAACACCAUUCAGUCGACACUUACAACACAUAGUAGGCUAUAUCCUUCACUCGAUGUCUAAUCCGGGUAAAAUCAGAAGCCAAAGCUUGAAGAGCCUUGGAAUGCUCAUGGAGAAGAACCCGAGAAUUCUGAACGACGGCAUACUCGGCAACAUAACUAUCUCCUUAACGGAUGCCGGAGCUCAAGUUCGGGAAUACUCGCUACAGCUGCUCGACAGAUGCCUUCGCUGGAACCCUGCAAUUGAGCCCAACUGCACGCUGCAAAUCAUUUCUAGAACGAACGACGCCAGUCCCAAGAUCAAAAAGAAGGCCAUGGAAAUUUUGAAGGGCAUUUACCUGCGCAAUGAGGCGCCAAGUGUCAAAACCUCUAUCGCAGACGCGUUGCUAUUCAAGAUUCAGGAUACAGACGAAGAUGUCUCCAAGGAAGCUUGCAGCCUGCUCGCAGGCAUUUGGAUUGCACCUUACUACGAGGUCGCAACUACAGAAGACGUAAAGCUCCGACUAGCUCUUCGCGCUCAAGUGUCUCUUAUCAUUCGGACGGCACGAAACCAACAACAGUCUGGUGUGCAACUGGAAGAACUGCUCCGGCACAUUCUUACUGACGAUCCAAGAUCAGCUGACGCAAAUUUCCGUGUUUGCAAGAGUAUGGUGGCUGAACUGUUUGAAGGCGUGAUCGACAAUACCGUCCUCCCUGAUAAGCCGGAACAAUGGCUGAUUAUGGAGACUCUUGCGAUCUUUGCACACGCGAGUGGCAAGCUCUUCACCGUUGAGCAAAUAGUAACGCUGCAGACAUUCACAAACGACGUCAACGACCCGAACGAUAUGCGCACUUUGCGGGCUGUCAUGGUUGUAUUCCGUCAUGUUCUUCCACUCCACACCACCUACCCAGACAAUUUUCUUCUGACUGUCAGAAACGCGUUACAAAAGUCUCUCUCGAAAAUGGGUAAUCGAGCGAUCAAUGAGUGCGCUCAAUGUUUCAGCAUCAUCGACGGAAUCCUGAAAGAGAAUGGCCAGAGACCUCUUCUUAACAUCAUAUCCAUGUUAAGGGACGUUAGGACAAAAUCCCUCAACGAGGGAAAUCUUUCCAAACGUUUGGCCCUCAUUGGCUACUUGGGGAAGCAUUGCAACAUCGAACAUCGAAUAAACGACGUCAAGAAGGCUUUUUCAGAUUUGGAAUUCAAGUCGGUCGCGGACCUCCUUGUAAACGUUUUACUACCUUUCACAUUAGAGAAACAUCCUAAGGGUGUUCGGCGACAGGCUCUUGAAAGUGUAGCCAUGAUGUGUCAAAGCUUCCCAAGAGAGUACGCCCGAGGGGACGUAAACGAGGCUUUCAAGCUUGUAUUUGCAAAUGAAGACAUCGGUCUGAAGUCCAGCUUGCUAGACCAAUUUCUGGAUGUUUUUGCACAGGAAGAGAACCGGUCUGGCACCGGUCUAAAGAAUGCUCUUGACAAAGGUGCAGGAAAGGGUGCUGAAGGGUUCAUCAACUCCCUUGUUGCAAACGAGUCGGACGGCGUGCCUAACCGACUUGCAAGCAACUUUCUUAGCCAUGCCAUCCAAAUCGCUCUCACUUCAACCGGUGAUGUUGCCCUGAAAGCAACAAAGUUUAUAGCGAGCAGCAAUCGCCAAGGCCUGAUUCUUCCGAUGGACUGCUUGCCGGCUCUGGUUGCUCUAGAGACGUCACCAAACCCGACGAUUUCCGAUGUCGCGUUCCAGGAACAUCGGAAUCUUUGGAAAAAGAACAACGGGAUGGAGAAAGAGUACAUGAAGGGAGUGUCGCUUGCCUUCGAGCACCAUCGUGACAUCUUGAAGGACACGAAAGGAGUCAUUAUCGUCGUAAAAGAAGGCAAAUCCUCUUUCAAUCCCAAGCUUCGUCUCUGCUACGACGUUCUGUGCAGUGGCGAGUUCAAACCGAGAAAGAAGUUCCUGUCGAAUUUAGUCGAUCGACUGAAUUUUCAGCUCUCGAAGCUCGAUACUAGCGGCGUUGAACCAAGGCCACUGGCCUAUACGCGCUUUUGCGUGGAGAACUUUGCCUUGUUUGAUUACGCUCGUACGGAAGAGGUCUUGCACGUCAUAUCGUGCUUGGAGAAAGUGGUCAUUGCUACUGGUAGCGAAGUGGCACAGGAGAUCGAGCCUGAUAUCUUAGGGAACGAUCUCGAUACUGAGCUCAUCCAGCAAGAAGAAACCGCUCCAGCUACAACUCAGGAUCUAAGCCUCGAGUUUGAUCCGAGUAUUCCAAGCGUUCUCCCACCGGCCGAGGAGACUCUGUCUUCAAAGCCUUCAGCAAAACCAAUCAACGAGACUCGGCUGCGCCAUCUUACCGUGGCCAGUACAAUACUCACGCUCAUGUGGGAAACGAGGAAAUUCCUACGCCAUUACUGGAGCCUCGAUCGCGGCAAACCCGGUGCCAAAUUGACGCUGAAAGAGCUCAACAGCCGGCCAACCAAAGCUACAUUCAGCACUCCCGACAAGCACCUGCAACGAAUCGCAGAGAUCGUGUCUUCGCUCGACGACACUGACGCCAUGCUCGCGCGGUGCAAGGUCUUUGCUGACCUAAUGUCCCACGACGACGAAGCCAAGAACAAGUCAGACGAUGAUGAGGACGGGCCGCUAGAUAGGGCAGCAGAUGGCUAUGACACCCCUACCGGCAGCGGAGACGAGGACAACGCAAGCAAUCCGCCCAGUGGCAGUGGGAGGGGCCGCAAGAGGAAGAAUUCAUUCCCUAUUGCAGGAACGCCGAGGAAGAGAAAGACCGGUGGGACCGGAAAGCCGAGGGGACGACAGCGGAAGUCUAGGGGUGGGUCAGGGAGCACACCUGACGCAGAUGACGGGUGGGAUUGA